AGUUUCAAAUGGAUUAUCUAAGUGGUGCGCUUGCGGCCAAAAACCAGCAGAGACCGCUGUGGCUCAAACAAGAAUUGCGACAGUUGGGUCUUCUUUACGGCCCGUGAUGACAUGGUCAACAACAAACAUGGCAACCAGCAGCAACUACUGGGAAGAUUUGCGCAAACAGGCCCGACAGCUGGAGAAUGAGCUGGACCUCAAGCUGGUCUCCUUCAGUAAGCUCUGCACCAGCUACAGCAGCAGCAGCAACCGGGACCAGCGGACAAGAGACAGCAGGUCUGACUCUGUCGGCCCAUCUCAAGACAAUAUGCUUGUGGCCAUGACUACUGAGCUGGAGCAGCUGUUGGCCAAUCUUACAGCAGUCAACGACAAAAUGGCAGAAUAUACAAACACGCCAGGAGCUUCGUCACAUAAUGCUGCAUUGAUGCACACCUUACAGAGACACAGAGACAUUUUACAGGACUAUACUCACGAGUUCCAUAAGACCAAAAACAACUUCUUCAGCUGGCGAGAGCGCGAGGAUCUACUAGGCUCUGUUCACAGAGACAUUGAGUCCUACAAGAGCGGCUCAGGAGUGAAUAACAGAAGGACUGAGCUCUUCCUAAAGGAACACGAACAUCUGAGAAACUCAGACAGUCUUAUUGACAGUGCGAUAAGCAUCGCCAUGGCUACCAAAGAGAACAUCACAUUUCAGCGUGGGAUGUUGAAGUCCAUUCAAACCAGGGUCACAACUUUGGCCAAUCGUUUCCCCGCCAUCAACAGUCUCAUCCAGAAAAUCAAUUUGCGCAAGAGGCGGGACUCUUUAAUCCUAGGCGGGGUGAUCGGCGUCUGCACCAUACUCCUGUUGCUCUACACUUUCCACUGAUGACACCGACAGACAGUCAAAAAUAUCAAUUGUAAAUCUGACCAAGUCUUUUUUUAUAUCUCCUUCCUUCUGCUGUACUUCAAGAGUUCACAGAGGUGAAAAAUUACUGUUUUGGAAAGGAAGGGAAAGUAUAUCACUUUUUUUUUUAUAUAAGUCUUAAUUGGAAGUUUAUUUAUUUUACUGAAUUAUGAGAAGAUUUCCAUCUGGGAGUUUUAUAUAUUGCUGCUUGUAUCCUGUUGUAAUCUUUGAGUAUAAAGUCACGUUUGAUGGGAUCGUGUACCGUUGAUGUUGUACUUCCUAAUAAAAAUGAAGGUGAUGAGCUCA